AAUUCGUCCUCGGUUCCUACCUCUCCUCCUCUCGCGUCUGGUUCUAUGUUGCUCGUCCUCGCUCGAAUUCGUCCGUCGUUUAGAGUAGAAGAAUCGCUUCUGAUUCGUUCGAUUCUGCUCGUCCUCAGUUCCUCUGUUCUGAACCGCGUCUGAUUCAAUUGGUUUUGCUCGUCCUCGAUUCGACCGUUUAGAUAGAAAUCGCAUCCGGUUUGACUUGCUCGUCCUCGCCGUCGUCGUCAGUUCAGAGUCGCGUGUGAUUUGAUUCUUGCUCGUCCUCGCUGUCGUCGUCAGUUCAGAGUCGCGUGUGAUUUGAUUCUUGCUCGUCCUCGCCGUCGCCCUGAUGCUCUCGCGUGUUCUUGGGGACGUCUCGUCGGGGGUCUGCGACUCUGGGAGGAAGCGAGCGGUCUGUCGGUCGGUUUGGGUCACCGUCUGGUUGCGAACUAACAAGUCCGUUUGAGAAACUUCUGUUCCUGCGUUCCGUGUUCACGGUGGAGCGAUGGUUCCUGCGUUUACUUCUGUUCCUGCGCUUCUGUUAUCUGACGAUCAUGCGUUUCGUGUUCGCGUCGGGGCGACGGUGUGCGGUUCUGGUUUCGAAAUUGGAGCAGUGUCAAAUCCGUUCCUCUGUUCCAUCACCUGCGUUGUUCGUCCUCUGUCGAUUCUUGUUCUACCGGCAGGCGUGUGUGCUCCCAUACUAGAUGCAGAGAAUCUUGUUCUUGUCUGUUACGGUUGUUCUGAUGCUGUUUUUUCCAACUUGUUUCUUGCUAUCAUGCUUUGCUUAUGUUCCAAUAUAUGAUGUUGUGUGUUCAACUUGUUUCUUGUUAUCAUGCUUUGCUUAUGUUCCAAUAUAUGAUGAUUUGUGUUCAGGGGUGCAAACGAUGUAGGCCGUGGGUACCGUGAUGUGAGGCUUCUCUCCUCCUGAUAAAUUAGGAUGAUAGGCUGAGCAGAAAAGCCUGACUCUUGUAACAAUCACUUGCUUGGUUUCCACAUCUUUGCGUGGCCGAUUUGCAUCCAAUGCAUCAUAAUCACGUUUUCCCUGUUUGUUUUCAUAUCCAAUGCAUCCACACCCUUUUCCCUGUUUGUUUUCACUUCUUUUCCUAAUCAAUAAUCAUGUUUACCAUGGUGUUCGACAAUACUGCACUUCUACUGUUCUUUGUUCCCUUUUGAAGUUCACUGAUUCAAAUCUGAUGUGGCAGGUAGGAAUAUUGAUGUCACUUCUGUGUUAGUAUACUAGCCAUGGUGUGUUUUAUUCAAGUUACUAACCAUAUCUCUUACAAAUUUGCCUUGAGAUGCUACAUGUUUAUAUGGCAUGAUUGAUUGCUGUUUGUGUAUGGUUAUUAAGAUUGUUUGUUGUUUGUUGAUUGAUUGAUUGAUUGUUGUUUGCUGUUUGUUGAUUGAUUGAUUGAUUGAUUGAUUGUUGUUUGCUGUUUGUUGAUUGAUUGAUUGAUUGAUUGAUUGUUGUUUGUUGAUUGGUACUCCUGAUCAUAGGUAACAGACCUUGCACUAUUCUUUUUUCUGAAUUUUUUUGUGAUUAUAGGUAACAGACCUAGACAAUGCAUUUCCACUGUUCCUUGUUCCCUUUUCAAGUUCACUUAUUCAAAUCUGAUGUGGAAGGUAUGAAUAUUGAUAUCACUUCUGUGUUACUCGUAUACUAGCUAUGGUGUGUUUUAUUCAAGUUAUUAACCAUCUCUUACAAAUUUUCCUUGAGAUGGUACAUUUUUAUAUGGCGCGAUUGAUUGCUGUUUGUUGAAUGUGAACUCAUAUCUUGAUGAAUAAUCAUUUAGGCUAACUUGGUCUUGGUAGUUCCUGAUCAUAGGUAACACCCUAUUACUUGUUUAGUGUAGACUGAUUAUUCUUUUUUUCUGAACUUUAUUGUGAUUAUGUCUUCACAUUACACUACUCUCAGAUCCAUAUCGACAUGCCCAUGUUGUCUGAUAAGGAUAAAGAUGUUAUGAAAAAUGGGGCGCUCCAAACAAGAUUGACUUCCUCUCUCUUUCUUAUACAAGGCAUGCAGAAGAGGCAAGCACGGGAGUUCCUCUCAAAGUUGGUUAUCUUAGCCAAAACUCUGAUUUUUGCCAAAAUUGAGAAUGUGGAGCCUGCUGUUGUUACUCGUGUUGUGGACAGUAUGACGGACAACCUAAGGCUCACUCGUUUGGAGGCAACUGACGUGUCAAACGCGGUGCUGGACGGUAGUGAUGCCAUUCUCCUUGGUGCUGAGACUCUCCGUGGGUUGUAUACAGUUGAGACUAUUUCAACAGUAUGCAGAAUUGGUGCUGAGGCUGAGAAGGUCUUCAACCAGGAUUUGUACUUCAAGCGAACCAUGAAAUACGUGGGAGAACCCAUGACCCACUUGGAGUCUAUUGCUUCCUCUUUAGUGCGGGCUGCUAUCAAAGCUAAUUGCCAAGUACAGGUCCACCAUGCCGUUCCUCGUCUAAAAACAAAUCAAUUGAAGUGGAGCUUCACAAGCGCAUUUGAAGCAAGACAAUCACUCAUAGUUAGAGGCCUCUUUCCCAUGCUUGCUGAUCCACGUCACCUGGCUGAAUCUACUAGCACUAGAAAUGAAUCAGUGUUGAAGGUUACUCUUGACCACUGCAAAGCAUCGGGUGUGAUCAAGUCGCAUGGCUUACCUUAGCCAGAAUUUCUAUAAGAAUGUUGCUCAUGUUACAUGCCUUGCUUUCUCUAGAACGAAGAUCUGGAUCACCCUCGCCCCUCUAGAGAAAUCAGUUUACUCAUUCAAGUUCUGGAAAUUCUUUAUAGUAUUUUGAGUUACUUCGGUCUUGCAUAUAUUAGCUUUCUGUUUGUGCCCCUAUCUAUGUAUGUUUCUUGUGUGCAAGUGCUCCAAUCUGUGUGUGUGACUAUGGGUGGCUUGACUCUGUGUGUGUGGCUUGACUGUGUGUGUGACUCUGUGUGGCUUGACUGUCUGUGUGCUUGACUCUGUUUGUGUGACUCUGUGUGUGCUUGACUCUGUGUGUGUGUGAAUGUUGCAUUUGCUUGAUGGUGUGGCCUGUAUGCUUGAAUGUUUUUGUGUGACUCUGUGUGUGCUUGACUCUGUGUGUGUGUGUGAAUGUUGCAUUUGCUUGAUGGUGUGGCCUGUAUGCUUGAAUGAUGAUUGGUGUGGUUUAACACUGCCUUUGCCGGUCCCAAGCCCGGAUGUGAAAAUGUGGAGGGAGCUGCAUUUACCUCCUUUGUAUUAUAUAUAUAUUCACCUUCUGAAUUUUGUGGCUGAUGGCAUUCUAGUUUACCUAGAUGGUUAGCUUGUUAAUUAGUUUUGUGCAUGUAAGACUUGAAGUGUUUAGUUUCUAUGCAUGAUAAAUGGUUUUGUUGUGCACCUUUUUAAAGAUGUGGCCCGUUUUCCCCUCUAUUUUUCUCUUUUGGAUGUUAACUAGCAUUUGCUGUGUUUCUGAAUUGAUUAUCUCUUGUAAGAUAUGGUUAGCAUAUAUAGUUCAGAGAUAAAUGUCUUUGUUUGCAGCAGUACAUUUUAUUCAUUCCAAUGGUGAUUUUACUACUGGUUUUUGUGUGUUGGAACUCUUGCGGAAGUUCUCUGUACCCCCACUACCAAUGUAUUAUGUAUUUCAGUGUCCUUUUGUACUAGAAUAUCACUGAAGCCAGUGUUUUAUUUGAGAUGAGUGAUGUGAUUACAUUGUACCAGACAUGCGACUGCAGCAGCUCAGUGUAUGAGUAUGUGCCCUGCAACAGCAAUUAUCUAGUUACUUUAACAGGACUAGCUACUUUUGAACAAUCAGGUAGUUCACACUUCACAGUAUGCAGUUCUACUUAUAUUGAGCUUCUUCAUUUCCUAGAUGCAACAGGUUGUCCAUGUUGUGUGUUUCAAUUCUUUGAUUCACCUGUAUUUUCAUUUCAGCAGGUUGUCCAUGUUGUGUGUUCCAUAUGGAUUAGACGCCGUCGACUACUUUGUCUUCAAUGCCGUGGCUCCUCGUUGGGUCUUUAGUACUUCUGCUGUGUAUUCAGUUUUUAAUCCCUGUUACGUGUGAUGCUCUUUGUUUCUGUGUAAUUUGAACCCCUGUUGUGCUCUUGUGAGCGGUGUCUCUACUCGUGUGGACACAGAUGAUUGGAACCGCGAUUUUGAGCUGUGAUUCUUCUAGCGAGGCAAGCAUUAUUUCAGCGGUGUUUCCGUGCGAUUUUGAACCAUGAUUGUGAAAACGUUGCGUGAAUAUUUAUUGCCAAUCGUGUGUCGUGCCAAUGCUGCCUUUGGUUGAUUGUGUGGCUUGUUGCUUAGCUGAAUGAUUGGUUGUAGUGUUUGCUAAACUUAUU